GGGAAAGUGUUUUUUCGGACGCUCUUUCACAUCCUGCAUGCAUUUUCCACAGUUUUGACUUCCUCUUAGCCACUUUAUAACGUUAUUUAUCGUUUUAUGGUGUCACUCGGCAGAAGAACUAUACCGGAUUCUUUUUUUGGUACCGGGUCCAGUUCAGUGAGCCACCAAAAGAUGGCCAACACGUCCGACCAAGCAGGGCUCGAGGAGAAUGACGAGGAUAAAAUGGUGGACAUAUUGCAAGAAAGAAGAGACAGCAGCGACCUGGGCCAUGCCUUCAGGACCUUCAACCCCCGCCCAUACAAGGGGGCACUGCCCUGCUCGGCUGCUGACCUCAACAGGGCCGUGCUGGCCUCCGAGGAUGUACGCCGCGUCAUAGAAGAGGUGGCCACAGAGACGGGGUCGUCAGUGGAGGCGGUGACGGAGGAAGCUGAGGGUAUUCUAAGGGAGAUGUCCCAAAACCUGCAGCUGGGCUUCGUCCGUCUGAUGGGCUACAUGCUCAGCAAAGUGCUGAAGCGCAUCUACUCCAGCAUCUACGUCAACAUGGACGCUCUCCGCCUGCUCCAGCAGGCGGUGGAGGACACGCCCGUCAUACUGCUACCCAACCACAGGAGCUACACGGACUUCCUGGUUAUCUCCUACAUCAUGUUUACUUACGACAUCCCGUUGCCUGUUAUUGCUUCUGGACUGGCUCUGGCCGGGAUGAACUUUGUCGGCGAGAUGCUGCGUCGCUCCGGGGCGUUCUACAUCCGUCGGGACAUCGCCUCCAACAGGCUGUACUGUGCGGUGCUGUCCGAAUAUGUGAAAAGUCUCGUCAGAACAGGAUUUGCUCCGGUGGAGUUUUACAUCGAAGGCUACCGGAGUCGCUCCCUGAAAUCUUUGACACCCAAGCUAGGUAUGAUGCACAUGGUGCUGGAGCCCUUCCUGAAAGGUGAGGUGCACGACAUCACCUUCGUGCCCAUCAGCAUCAGCUACGACCGGGUUCUAGAAGAAUCGCUGCUGGCACGGGAACUGCUGGGGAUCCCCAAGCCUAAAGAGAGCACCUUGAGUCUGCUGAAGGUCAACUGGGUCCUGAAGGAGGACUACGGUUGCAUGCACGUCAACUUGGGGCAUCCCAUGUCGGCCAGACAGCUGUGUCACGGCAACAUAACAGAGGUUCCUGAGAGGUCGUCAGAGGAGCACCAAGCAUGGGUGAACAGGCUGGCUCAUGUGAUGGUUCGCAGCCAAGAGCGGGGCUCCUUCACCAGCCCUUGGUCCCUCAUGGCCUGCCUGUUGCUCCAGGAGCCCCUCUCUGUCCUGACAGACAGCGGCCUAGCUUGGCGUCAGCUGGCUGAGAGGACGCUGUGGCUUAAGAGGCUGGCGCUGGACUUUGGGGGUCGGCUGAACUGGCCUGCACACGUCUCCGACUGGGAUGUGAUGUCAUCUGCCGUGGCGCUCCACCACACCUCCAUCCACCUCCAGGAGGAGCGCGUUUUCCUAGUUCGGGAGGAAGAAGCGGCAGCCAGCCAGGAGCCAAUGGCUGCUGAGGACAGCGUUACCAAGAUGGCGGCGCCCAUGUUGAUGAUGGCGUCCUACCGCAACCAAACCCUGCACCUGUUUGUCCGUCCGGCCCUCUUGGCCGUGGCGCUGAAGCUCACGGGGUGCAGUCGCAGAGGGGAGAUCUUCGCCUCCUUCUGCUUCCUUCAGGAUGUCUUCCGAAGUGAAUUCAUCUUCAUUCCUGGCAAAGCCUCGGAGGACUUUGAGGAGGCGUGUUUGCUCCUGGAGAAAUGUGGCGCUGUGCAUGUGGUCGGCCAACAGGAGGUGUUGGCGUCAGAGGACGGUGUGGAGGUGCUUUCUUUCCUGCGGGGGCUCCUGCAGCCCUUCAUUGACUCAUAUCAGGUGAUGUUGGGGUUCCUGUGCGAGCAGGAAGCUAACGUGGUCACAGAGAAAGAUUUCCUCCCUGCAGUGAGACGUCUGGCCUCAAAGCUCAUCCUGUCAGGUGAUCUCCACACCUACGAGGCCCUCUCGUCGGACACCCAAAAGAACGUCCUGUCAUCCCUCAGGAGGCUGGCGGCUGUGACCAAGUUGAAGGCCCUUGCGGUCUUGUUUGGCAGGUCUGAGCAGAAGCAGUACAGCGUGGACAAAGACGCUGUGGGAAGGAUAGCAGACACGCUCUCUGGGAAAAUCCACCCCCAGAUGCUCCAGACUGAACCUGACGCAAGACUUGAGUCCCCGUUGGAAGACAUCCAAGCUCAGUAGCAGACCACAUCCUCGCUCUCACCUCAGCGUGAACCCUUCCUUCGCCUUUUGGCUUCUUUCCUCCAUCGCCGUCGGAUCGGAAGAUACAGCAGUGUACACACAUUUACAAUAUAUUGGAAAUUUUUUUGCACUUUUUACUAAUAAGGAAUAGGGCCACACUGUGACAAAAUAGACAAAAAUAGCAAAAAUAGUGACUGUAAAGUUAUGACAUUCAAUUUAAAAAUUCUACAAAAAUAGAGUUGCAAAGUCAAAAUUGAGAGAAAUAGUCAUAAUAUUACAAGAAAAAGUAGUAAUGUAGUAAUGUAGUAAUUUGGAAAUAAAGUUGUGACACAGGAAUAAAGUAUUAUGAAAAAAAGAUGUAAUAACCCAUGAAGUAAGCGGAAAAAAAUUACAAAAUAGAAUCAAAUUGAAAAAAAGUGCUACUAUUAUUUUAAAAAAUAACUUUACGAGAAUAACAUUUGACUUUUAACAAGUGAAAAAUCAUCACAAAAACACAAACGCAACAGUCAGAGCAGCGGCUUAUUGCAAUAUUCCAAAUAUAUAUAGUCAUAGUAUGACUAGUAGUACUACCACUGUCACGUGUACACGUAAUUUUUUUAAAAGCACGACAUCAAAACAACAGGUGGAACGUGGCUACCACCUUUAAGCAUCCGCGGAUUUCUAGCCAAUCCGACGCCUGAAGAAAGUCAAGCAGGGAAAAGAUAUGAAUGAUAUAAUGUAAAUCACAUGUCAACUACCAUAUACCAUGUUUCAGACUUUUAUUCUUUUUUUAAAGCUUCUUGACAUACCAAUAAAUGUGAAACGAUUGUAACAAAAUGCACCAUAGAUUUCCUUUUCAUAUUGUUUUUUUCUCGUCUUCUUCGUCGCUUUCAACAACAGUGAGCGAGGAGCAGAGGUCAAAGUUCAACGUGCCGUCGUCUCACCGCCCACCAAACAAGCACACUGCAGUUAAAAGGCCUCUUUGAGUGCCCACUGACCAAGCACAGCAUCAGAUGGUGCAGGUGUCCCUAAUGAAGUAUCCCCGCGGCGAGGCCUAUCUGUACACGGGCGGCACGUCCACCUUGAUGCGCAGGGCGCUGACGGGGUCCUGGCAAAAGACGGAGAUGUACUCCAGCACUUUGGAGUUGAGCCUCUUCUCGCUCUCCUUGGCGCGGUGGCGCUCCUUGUCCCAGCGCUCCUUCUCGCCGUUCAUCUGGGAGAAGAGGUUGAGCUGGAUGGCACGCAGCGUGGCCGCCAGCACGUAGGAGCCCCCCUGCAGCGCGUGGCAGAAGGCGGCGCCCACACUCAGAGCGGCACCCAUCAGGUUGGGCAUGGUCUCGCAAAGCACGCAGGCGCCCUCCAGGAGGUGCAGCGUGCACGCCCGGCCCGGCGGCGCACCGUGGUGGUGAUGCUGGUGGUAGCCGUGGGGGCCGGGGCUCUGCUGGGCGCUGGCCAGCAGGUGGCGUGCGCAGUCGCUGAAGUGUAUGGCAGCUCGGCGCAGGGGCAGCAGGGCCAGGUAGAGGUGGCAAGCCGCUUUGGUGAGGGCGUGGAAGAGCAGACGCAGCUCCAGCACAGCGUUACCUGUACAAGAGGAGAGAUAGAAGAGAUUAGAAGGUGCUGGGGUCAGAUUGGAGUCUAAUUUAAUGCUGUGACUAAUGUCAGCCUGCAUUAAAGUCUCAUGUGGGCGGCAACCGUCACCUGAGCACGCAAGGCACGGCCCCGGAUGUCACAUGAUCAGAUAACUAACCAACAUCAUAACGUGCACUCAUAGCAUUCCAGUAACACCAUUAUGACUUUUCAGUCAUAAUCAAGCAAAUUUGUCAUAGGAACAUACAGUAUAUCAAGUGUCAUGAUUGAGCAGCUUUGUUAAUAUCUCUUGGGCUUUUAAGAG